UUGGAAGGUCACCAAGUGGGUAUUUACUUACCCAGUGACCAGAAAUUCAUAAGUGCUCACAUACUCAUUUACAAGCACUUCCCAAAACCAGAAGUGUAAUUUUCCCAGAUUCUUCUUAAACUCAAGAUUUUUCCUUUUCAUUCUAUAAAAUUAGUGAUCUAAAGUCAAAUUUUAAUAUAUCUUCAUCUCAUCCGGUUAUCUCCUCGAAAAACCAAGUUUUUUCUCAUGUCUGACUAUGGAUCCGACAACACAUGCUGCUUUCGUUGCGCCAAGUUCGUAUUAACUGCAGGCUUAUCAGCUCUCUUCAUCUGGCUAAGUUUAAGAACCACCAAACCAUCAUGCUCCAUAGAAAAUUUUUACUUACCUGCCCUUAACAAAUCUGAUAAUUCCAACACAACAAGAUCCAACCAUACACUCUUCUUUCAGCUCAAUUUGAACAACAAGAUGAAGGACAAAGGUGUUCGUUACGACGACAUUAAAUUACGCUUUUACUAUGGUACAAAUACCAGUUUCCUUAUAGGUAAUUAUACAGUACCUCGAUUUUACCAAGGCCAUGACAAGAAAGCACAUAAAAAGGGGAUGUUCAAAACUGAAAAAUUGCCUUGGGAUGAUGCUUUAAAGAUUGUUUCAAAUGGGUCAAAUGUUGUUUUUAGGGUGGAUGUGACUACAACAGUCAGGUACAAGGUUAUAUUUUGGUAUAGUAAGAGACAUAAUGUAACUGUGGAAAAUAGAACAGUGAGUGUGGAUGGUUCAGGUAAAUCAAGUGCACAACAGCUUCAUCGCUAUCUUAUGGCUUUUGGGUUUCCCCUAAGUGUUUUGGUCAGCUUGCUUCUUUUGUGAUAAAUGACUUCUCGACAAAGGUAUUCAAGAUUUAAAUUUAAUGAGUUCAACACUUUUAUAUAUUCAUUGUCGGACCUAAUUCAUUUUAUAAUUAUGGGUUCAGAUUUUAGUAUUCGUAAUAUUUUUGAUCUUUUAUUGUACUUAUGUAUCAUUUUUUCGUGUAAAAAGUAUUCAAUUCAGUUGAAUCAGUAUUUUACAUAUUUCUCCCGA